AUGGAAUUGAUCUUUACUUUUAUGACACUUUUCUCCGUCGCUGCGGCCCAGUCGCAAACACUGUGUUCGCAAUAUGCGGCUGCCACGAGCGGUGCAUACUCCGUCAACAAUAACCUUUGGGGAGAAAGCGCGGGCUCGGGUUCACAAUGCACCUACGUGGACUCGAUUUCGAGCUCUGGUGUCUCUUGGUCCACGACAUGGACAUGGUCCGGGGGCGAUAGCUCAGUGAAGAGCUAUGCGAAUUCGGAUUUUGCGCUUAACAAGAUGCUUGUCAGUCAGAUCAGCAGUAUUCCAACAUCUGUACAGUGGAGCUAUGACAACACGAAUAUCAACGCCGAUGUCUCCUAUGAUCUUUUUACGGCGGCUGAUAUCAACCACGAUACGUACAGUGGAGACUAUGAGCUCAUGAUCUGGCUGGGACGAUAUGGGAGCAUCCAGCCCAUUGGCUCACAGAUCGCCACCGCUACGGUGGACGGAAACAGCUGGGAGCUCUGGUAUGGGGAGAAUGGCUCGCAACAGACAUACAGCUUUGUUGCGUCGAGCCCAAUGACCUCGUUCAGCACGGAUAUCUUGGACUUUUUCGACUACUUGACCCAGAACGAGGGAUUUCCGGCUAGUUCGCAAUAUCUGAUUGAUUUACAAUUUGGUACGGAGCCGUUCACGGGUGGACCUGCAACCCUGAGCGUCUCUAGCUGGUCUGCGAAUGUCGAGUAG